AUGGAUGGCCAGCGCAGAGCUGAGUUCGUAAGGCAGGUACAUGAGAGGGCCAGAGCUAACAUCGAGCGCCGCACACGGCAGUAUGCAGAGCAGGCUAACCAGGGCCGUCGCAAGGUGGUGUUCGAGCCCGAUGAUUGGAUUUGGCUACACAUGCGCAAGGACCGAUUUCCAGAGCAGCGGCGUUCUAAGUUACUUCCUAGGAGAGAUGGCCCAUUUCAAGUGAUGGAACGGAUCAAUGAUAAUGUCUACAAAUUAGACUUACCAGCCCAGAGCAGAGCUUCGGAUACCGCCCAGAGUAGAGCUCUGAAUGCAGUGCAGAGCAGAGAUCCGGUGCAUGUUCCCAUUGGUCCGGUGACGAGAGCUAGAUCCAAGACGUUCAAGGCUAACUUAAUGGCUUUAGUGGAAGAGAUCUGGAAGCAAGAGCUGAGAAAGCCGAUUGGAGACAGGCUGCCAGAGCAGAGUACAAGUGUGGUAAACCUUGUAACUUACAGAGCAGACGUGCAGAGCAGAGCAGAGCAGAUCCGCAGAACAGAGCAGAGCAAACCAGCAGAGCAGAGUAGACGUGCCGGUCUUCCGUGUGUGUUCUCUGUCCAGUCCGGCGAAGAUCUUGUUAUUACCGGCGAGGAUCACAUCAUGUCGGCUCGGCCUCCUACUCUUGAUAGUGGUGGCAAGAACUACAACUUGUGGAAAACUAGGAUGAAAAUCUAUGUCAAAUCUAUUGAUGAACGUGCCUGGGUUGCUGUGUUGGAUGGAUGGACUCCACCGAAUACCACUGAUGAUAAUGGCGUUACAUCUCUCACACCCGAGAGUAGAUGGUCUGCUGAUGAAAGACUCAUUUCUCAUCAUAACUCCAGAGCCUUGAAUGCUAUUUUUAUCUCUGUUGAUGUUCUUGCUUUUCCUAUUGGUCUUGGGGAACCUAUUAGCAAUGAAAGGCUGGUCAGUAAAAUGUUGAGAUCUCUCCCUGAAAGGUAUAACAUGAAAAUUUCUUCCAUUGAAGAAACUGCUGAUGUUGCUACCAUGCGAGUUGGUGAUCUGGUCAGCAAGUUGGUAACUUUUGAGAUGAAUCUUAAACAACAAAAAGCUGAUCAUGUGUCCAAAAGUGUGACUUUCCGUGUUGAAAAGACCUCUGAAAAUUCUGAUGUUACUAACAUGUCUGAGUGUACAGAUGUUAAUCUUGAGGAGCAAGAUGAUGCUAACCUUGCCAUGGGCUGUCAAGGGAUGGGUCACUAUGCAAAUGAGUGUCCCACAGUUGCAAGGAAAAGACAUUCUGGUCUUACUGCAACUCUGAGUGAUGACUCAGAUUCUAAGAAAGAAAAGGUUCUUCUUGUUGCUACGGUUGAUGAAGAGGAUAUGCAGGAAGAAGACAUGAUUGGAGCCCUUGAAGACCUUGAUGAUGAAAUCAGUUUUUCAGAUGUUUUGUCUGAAUCUGAAACUCUGAGUGUUGAUGACAAUAUUUCCAGGAUUGACAGUCAUGUUGAUCUGAUUGAUGAGUCUGAAAACAUGAAAGUUGAUGUUGAUGUUACUAACAUUGAUGUGAACAUGUCUUCUGAAAAUGAUCAGUUUGAUUUGAUUAUUGAUAAUAAUAUUUUUGACAUGAAUACUGAUGUUCAGGAGAUUGAUGGGAUGAAAAUCCCCAUUAACACAACUAACUGGUAUGAAAUGACUAUUCUUGAUGAUUUCAAUUCUAGUGUACCGAAUAUUUGUUGUGUUGCAGCUUUGGAAGAACAGGAGAGUGAUCCACUAAAAGAGAUGGAGAAUUUUAAGAAUCUCUGUGAGAUUGCUGAUUCACAAUGUCGGGAGAUGAGAAGUGACAUCUGUAUGUUGGUUGAUGAAAAUCAGAAUCUCAAAGGCCAAAUUACAAGGCUUGAAAGGCUGCUUUCUCAACGUGAUGUUGAACUCGGUGUGCUCAGCGGUAAAGUUUGUGAUUCUGAAAGGGUGUUUGAAUGUUUUAACAAAGGCACCUCAUGUUUAAAUGAAGUCUUGUCUCAAGGUCAACGUAGUAACUUUGGUAUUGGUUUUUGUCCUGAGGAGCAAGGUAAGGAACAUCGUGAUACUACUAUUUUUGUUAAAGAAAGAAAUGUCAGUGUGAAUGUUGACAACAUUAAGGAUUCUCAUAAGAAAAUCAAAAAGAAAAAAUCCUAUAAGAAUGUUGGUAACACUGGCAGAUUUGACUUCAGCAGAUUGUUGGACAAGAGAGAAAAAAACGAAACCUACAAUGCUGUUGUCUACACCUCUUUGAAUGUUAAUAUUUCUGAAAAUUGGUAUUUUGACAGUGGGUGUUCUAGACAUAUGACAGGAACAAAGACUUUACUCUCUUACUUCGUUCCAACAUCAGGAGGAAAAGUCACUUUUGGAGGAGGUGCAAAAGGAACAAUUUUGGGGAAAGUAGUUCUCAUUGUUACUGAUUUCCCUAAAUUGAAAGAUGUGUAUCUUGUUGAAGGGCUUAAAGCUAACCUGAUUAGUAUUAGUCAGUUGUGUGAUGCAGGAAUGACUGUGAAGUUUGACAAACAUCUUUGUGAAGUGUUUGAUGACACCAAUAGGUGUGUAAUGAUGGAAAAAAGGUCGUCUGACAACUGCUACAAGUCUCAAGAAGAAACCAUCUGCAAUACGGCCAAACUUGAUGAUGUUGAGCUAUGGCAUCAACGACUUGGACAUGUCAACUUCAAGAAUCUUCAAAAGCUUCUCACACAUGAUGUUGUUCGUGGCCUUCCUAAUCUGAAUUUCAAGAAAGAUGUUGUUUGUCAACCAUGCCAGAAGGGGAAGCAACACAAGACAGCUCAUCCAAUGUUAUAA